GAGCCAAGUGGGGCCUGUGCCAAGGUCGCAGGGUCGCGGUGGGACGGCGACAGGAAAAACAAGCAUUGACACAAUCGCCCUAUUUCUUCAUACGCUCUCAGGGCAGCUUUCCUUGGAGUGACUAUUCCUUUUCAUUGUGGUGUCCUAUUUGGACAACGCGACCUGCCUACGGAAACUAGUAAAGCCCGAGAUGCAUUCUUUUUUUUUUUUUUGCGUCCGGUCAGAUCGAAAGGCAGGGUGAUGGAAUCAGUCUUUACAGGAAGGUAAACUCUUCCCCUGUGCAGAGGGGGCUGGGAACACCUUUCUUAGGAGUUUUACUGCCCCAAACGCGGCCUUGUUAGUGCGGUAUGGAAGCACUGCUCAGCACCCGACUUGUCAACUCCUGCGUUAUCCUGCCUUCUCUGAGGUGACCGCUUGUUGGCGCUGGAAACACGGACGUUACUUUCUGCUGUGCAAAGACUAGUAGGGAGUUUGCUAGGUGUGCAACUCAGAAAAGUGGCACAAAAAGCCAAAAACGAAACCAGGCUUCGGAGGAGUGGCAAAAUCUGCGUGGAACUGCUUGCAAACCGGCCUUCGAACUCCCCUACCUCCAGCCCCCCAGCCUGUCUUUGGGCGACCGCAGCCUCUCCGGCCCACACCAGGCCUGCCCCUGCGGACGCUUAGAAAACGCGGCGAGCGGAACCCGCACGCGGAAGCGACGGCCGCACUGAGCAUGCCCAGUUGCAGAGCCGACCAGAGGAGUUUUCUUUUUCUUUUUUCUUUUUCUUUUUCUUUCUUUCUUUUUCCUUUUUCUUUUCUUGGUCUCAAGUAGGAGGCCUUCCCCUUACCCCCACCCCAGCCCCCCCACCCUCUCCGGCUUAAGCAGCUACCAUGGCCGAGGUUCUCGGCGCGGCGUUGUCCCAGGCGGGUUGGUAUCUUUCAGAUGAAGGCAUUGAAGCUUGCACAAGUUCUCCUGACAAAGUCAAUAUAAAUGACAUCAUUUUGAUUGCUCUCAAUACAGAUCUAAGAACAAUUGGCAAGAAGUUCCUCCCCAGUGACAUCAAUGGUGGAAAGGUAGAAAAGCUUGAAGGUCCAUGUGUGUUGCAGAUUCAAAAAAUUCGCAAUGUUGCUGCACCAAAGGAUAACGAAGAAUCUCAGGCUGCACCAAGAAUGCUGCGUUUGCAAAUGACUGAUGGUCAUAUAAGUUGCACAGGAGUAGAAUUUAAUUAUAUGUCAAAAAUAAGCCUGAACACACCACCUGGAACUAAAAUUAAGCUCUCAGGCAUUGUUGACAUUAAAAAUGGAUUCCUGCUCUUGAAUGACUCUAACACAACAGUUCUUGGUGGUGAAGUGGAGCACCUUAUUGAGAAAUGGGAAUUGCAGAGAAGCUUGUCAAAACACAAUAGAAGCAAUAUUGGAACUGAAGGUGGACCACCCCCUUUUGUGCCUUUUGGACAGAAGUGUGUAUCUCAUGUCCAAGUGGAUAGCAGAGAACUUGAUCGAAGAAAGACCUUGCAAGUUACUAUGCCUGUCAAACCUACAAUUGAUAAUGAUGAAUUUGAAAAGCAAAGGACUGCUGCUAUUGCAGAAGUUGCAAAAAGCAAAGAAACCAAGACAUUUGGAGGAGGUGGUGGUGGUGCUAGAAGCAAUCUCAACAUGAGUGCUGGUGGUAACCGAAAUAGGGAAGUUUUACAAAAAGAAAAGUCAACCAAAUCCGAGGGAAAACAUGAAGGUGUCUAUAGAGAACUGGUUGAUGAGAAAGCUCUGAAGCAUAUAACAGAAAUGGGCUUCAGUAAGGAAGCAGCAAGGCAAGCUCUUAUGGAUAAUGGCAACAACUUAGAAGCAGCAUUGAAUGUACUUCUUAAUAGCAAUAAACAAAAACCUGUUACAGGUCCACCUUUGAGAGGUAAAGGAAAAGGCAGGGGGCGAAUAAGAUCUGAAGAUGAAGAGGACCUGGGGAAUGCAAGGCCAUCAGCACCAAGCACAUUGUUUGAUUUUUUGGAGUCUAAAAUGGGAACUUUGAGUGUGGAAGAACCUAAAUCUCAGCCACAGCAGCUUUAUCAGGGACAAUAUAGGUUGUCGAAUACUGAGCAAAAUGGAAUAAAAGAUAAUAAUCAACCAAGACAUGUUCCUCGAAAUGAUACCAGGCAGCCAAGAAAUGAAAAACCUCCUCGUUUUCAGAGAGACACUCAAAAUUCAAGGUCAAUUUUAGAAGGCAGUGGAUUACCUAGAAACAGAGGUUCUGAAAGACCAAGUACUUCUUCAGGAUCUGAAAUAUGGGCUGAAGAGAGAAUCAAGUAUGAUAGACCAUAUUCUAGAUAUGACAGAACUAAAGAUACUUCAUAUCCUUCGAGUUCUCAGCACAAUGAAGGUGCUUUUAAAAAAAGAGAUAACUCUAUGCAAAGCAGACCAGGAAAAGGUCCACCCUACGCAGAGGCAAAAGAAAAUCCACUUCCUCAAGAAUACGUAGAUUACAAUAAUCAAAAACGUGGGAAAAGAGAAAACCAAACAGCAAAUCCUGAUCAUUUUUAUGACAGGAAACCACGAACAAUAAAUAAUGAUGCUUUCAGUGGUGUAAAAUUUGAAAAAUAUUUUAAUGUAAAUACUGAUUACCAGAAUCCUGUUAGAACUAACAGCUUCAUUGGUGUUCCAAAUGGAGAGACAGAAAUGGCACUGAAGGGGAGGCGAGUAGGACCUAUUAAGCCUGCAGAACCCAUCACAACUAUACCCUAUGAUGAUAAAGUAUUUUACAAUAGUGGGUCCAAAAGAAGAUCUGGGCCAAUUAAACCAGAAAAAGUACUAGAAUCAUCUGUUCCUAUGGAGUAUGCAACAAUGUGGAAACCUGGAGAUGAAUGUUUUGCACUUUAUUGGGAAGACAACAAGUUUUACCGAGCAGAAGUUGAAGCUCUCCAUUCUUCAGGUAUUACAGCAGUUGUUAAAUUCAUUGAUUAUGGAAACUAUGAAGAGGUGCUACUAAGCAACAUCAGGCCAAUUCAAACAGAGGCAUGGAGUGGCCAUAACUGAUGAGGACACUUGUCAUUCCUCACUGUAACUCUUCCAUUCAGAGGUGUUUGGUACUGAAGUGAUAAUUUUCUUUCUAUAAUCAGUGACUUUUCUCUUUUCCCCCUUAAUAAUUUUCAUUGCUUUAUCCUUGAUUUUAGGUCUGUGUAAACUUAUCUGGACAAUAAAUUUAUCAGAUGUCACAUUCAUUUAGUGAUUCUGUUCUGGACCACAGCAAUACUUUCUAACUCUUCCUGUUCAGUUGUAAAUACUAAUCUAUACUUUCUUGUGCUAUUUCCUUACUUGUCAUGAUCUUAAAAAAUUUUUUAUGAGAAUCUUGAAAUGUUUUGCAGAAGGAAACAGGAUAGAAUCACUAAAUCUUUUGGAUAGUCCGAUAUUUCUUUUCUCCUACUUAUAGAUAAUUCAGUGAUUAUUGAUUUUAUGAUUCUGCAUAGGUUAGUGUAACAGCUUUUUUGAAUCAUGCACAUCAUUACAGUAAGAUCAGCCUCUCUUUAUCUUCAUGAAUAAUUAAUUUGUUUGAGAGAAACAUCUCCUUCCUGAAAUAUGGAGGCCACCAAUUUAAGGUAUAUUUAGCUAUCUCCUUUUAAAAAAAAUUAAUGUCUUCAUAUAUUCAUAAAAACCCCUGCAGAAAUACGAUCUUUGAGGCUGUCAGUAAAUUUAUUGGAGAGUUAGUAUAGAUUUCUCUUUGCCUCUGAAAAUGUUGGGGUUUAUGAGCACUUUUUCUUUUUAUAACUGUGUAAUUGUAACAGAUAUAAUCUAAUCAUAUUUAUGUAUCAAACGUACAAAUUAUCAAAAGCAAAACAUUGUGGAUCUUCUAAUUUCUUAAUUCUUGCACCACUUAUGUGCAUUACUAUUUUUAAUUAUGAAAUAAUAUUGUAUCUUUUAUUAACAUUUAUGUUUGUUAUUGGGAAAGGAUUUUGGAAAACCUCUUGUUUUCCUAAAUGUGGCAGUGAUCAUUUAGUGAAGAUUUUUUUAAUAGUUUGCAAAAAAAACAACCAACAGAAGCCUGCAUAUAAACCAAAAGCCUUUAUAGAAAUCAAUAUCCUGUAUUGUUUCUUUAAGGUGUAAGGAUAAAUCAUUAAAUAAAAAACAUGAAACAUUAAGAGACUCAAUGACUAAAUUAAUAGUCCAUUGUAUAGAAAAUUAAAAUAAAAACCAAAUUAGUACUUUAAAUCUAAGUUUAAAUAUUUUUCUUGUGAGGUCUAGAAAUUAUUUGCUGUAAAUCUGUCUGUAAGCCAAACAGUUUUUUUCUGUUUCCAUCUGGAUACACCUUUUUACUUCUAGAACGUACUCAAUCAGUGAUGAUAUUUUUGAUGGUCAAAAUAUAUGUUCUCAUUAUGAUCAAAUACUUUAUUUCCUCCAAAAUGAUUUAUUAAACUUUUGGUAAGUCAUCCUUGAUUUUUUUGUUGUUGUUGUUCUAGCUAGAUUUCAUUGGUUCUUUUGCCUAUCAUAAGAGAGUCUAUCUUAAUUUUAGUGCCUUUAUUGUAAUGAACUCUAAUUAUCAUUUAUCAUGUGAGGUCCACAGUUUAUCCUUAACAUCCAGGAUAAAUGCUCUAAUUAAAAAAUUUUUUUUCAAAGAAUGGGUUCUUUGAACAUUGUAGAGCUUUCCCCCUCUUAGCAAAGUAAAUGAAGCGUUUUUGUCUCUUUUAUUGUUUGUAAAAUUAUAUAGGGAGAAAACCAACAUAUUAGUUUAUAUAUUUGAGAAAAUAUAAGGGGCAAAGAAAACCUGCAACUUGUUUCCCUGCAGGUGCUUUCCAAACUGCUUCUUUUUAACACUGAAACUAAUACCAGGGAAACCAGGGAAAAGAUACCACAGGCAAUUUGGAAGCACUAUAAAAAACCCUGCCACUGCUACUCAGAUGAACCUUUUGUGUUCUUAGGGUGGUAUUGCUUCUAAAAAGCUCCUCUAAAUGUGGAAGGACAGUGUCAUGUACUGAUUUUCCAAGUAUAUUCAUGGCCCAGAUUCCAUUGAUACUUUUGGGUCCCAAGAAAUGUUUUACAACAUGCUUAUUUCCAAACUUUAUUUUAAACACUUGUAGUAUCUGCUUCUUGGUGUCAGGAAAUGAUCAUUUUCAACUAUUGUUCUUACUAUAAUUGUCUAGAUAAUGGUCCUAAGACCAUAACAUACACAUCAUUUUGGGCAGAAAUUCUGGGAAGUCACUGUUAUUAGUUUUUAGAUGAUCAUCCUAUCUUAAGUAUUUUUCUGUAGAACCUGCAUUUAUUCAGCAAAUAUUCACUGCACAUCUAUUAGGUGUCAGGCACUGUUCUCAUUGAAGGGUGUGUGUUAGUGAGCAAAACACACAAAAAUCCCUGCCCUCUGCACAAAGGUAGGUGAAAGUCAGUUUCUUAAACAAAUAGAAAUAUCUUAUUAGGGUCUUUGUUCUUAUAUCUUGAAGCUUUAAAACAAAAGCAGAAGUCAGAGAAAAUGCUCUUGUUACUGAAGUUUUAAUUUACAUUUUUUUUAGGUCUUUGAUUUAUUCCACCUUAGUUCGAAAAUAAAAUUAAGGAGAAGGAAGUAUGAAUUAUUGAUGAAUUUUAUCUACUUAAAGGGUUCUUAUCUAUUUUAUCUACUUGGCAAAAUUUGUUUUUAGGAUGGUCUUGUUUGUUUUUUUAAUUUUUUUUUUCAGUUUUAGCAUACUUAUUAAAAAAGAACUAACAGUUAACCUAAAGUUUUACUUUUGUAAUAACAUUGCACAAAAUUUAUUUUAUAAUGGUGUCCUGAGAAGCACAUUUGAAAGUUACCAUUUCAAAUCCAAAUAACAUUCAUAAAAAGCCAUAAAUUAUUCUACUCCUAAUAAGAAUAUUAAAAAGAAACACAUAAUGGAGAAAACCUUACCCUUUUUGAUGAAGAGGAAGAUUGAGAGUUGUGAUAUAUAUUUUAAAGGUUAAAAAUGAAUCCUAAAUAUAUUAGAACAAGGUCAUCCUAGUACUUUUAAUGACAUAGUGAUAAAAUACGCUAUAUCUAGUUUGUAGUUGAUAACAAAAAGUCAUAACAGAUGUUAAAAAGACAAUUGUUAUAGAAAAAAGAUUGAAAUUAUGUAAUGGUGAGAUUCUGUCAAUUAGUACCCAUUAAAAAGUGCAAACAACCUAGUCCAGAAGACUUUUCAUUCUUGCUGAUAAAUACUUAAAUAACUUAGUGGAUAUAUAUUACCAUUCUUAAAUUUCUGCAAUAAAAUCACUUUAAUUAAGGUAACUGAAAUACUGAAAUACUUUUUUCUUCCACCAUACGUAUUUUCGGAAACUUACUUUUCAAAGAUUGCCGUAUGGGCAGUGCUUGUUUUCUUUUGCAACAUAGACACAGAAUAAAUCAGAAUGAAGCUGUAUGGUUAAUUUACCCUAUUUAAGAACAUAAUUUUCAAAUCAUGAGUUAUGGAACUUGGGGAUUCCAUGCAGUACCUUUAAGCUUUCUUUUAAUAAACUCUGCUUAUAGUAGAUAUGUUUUAUUUGUUUCUUCUUUAUCUAUUACCCAGCAUCUCACAAUCCCGACAGGAGGGUUGUGGAUUUCAGAAGGAUUCUACUGGAGAUAUGAAAGCUGCUGAUAUAGAGGAAGAGAUGAUUCAUUUAUAAAUACAUUCCAUAUGCGUAAAUAAGUGAACUUAAAUACUAUUCAUAUCUACCCUCUGAAACUCAAACUAAACCUAAUGGAAAUCUAUGAAAAUCUUGAGAUCUAGUUUUGAGAUCUACUACUGAAUAGAGACAUUUUAUUUAGCCAUUUAAAUUAAUAAAUUAAUACUAAGAGAAUAAUAUGCCAUUUUAAGAACAUGUGCAUAAAUAUUCUUUGAAUUUUGAUAUCUGAUCACUUAAUAUAUUGUAAUCUAUUCACAUGAGCUGUGUAUAAAAACAUCUUUAAAAGGUUUGUGGGCAAUCUAAGUUUUCUCUUAUUGACAAUAAAAAUACAAGAUGAUGAUAUUUCAUGUUCCUUUUCUAAAACUGAAAUAACUCCUAAAGUGAAAUAACAUGGCAGGGUAAAGCCUAAGACAUACUAUCUUUCUUUUUAAAGUUAUUUUAAUGAUACUAUUCAUACUUCUUUCCAUACAGUUCAUAAAACAAUUUAAUCCUCAAAUUGUUAUUAAGUAUCAAAUUAGCAUAACUUUUUGAAAAAUCCACAGCAUGUUUUUGUGUAUAUGACUUAUACAGAGAUAUUAUGUUAAUCUUUUAUCUUCUAAGUGUUCCCUUUAUUAUUGGCAACCUAAAUUUGGACUUCUGAAUAUAUGGAGUUGAUUUAAUUAAGUAAACUCAUGUUACUUCACCUUUAUAUUGAAUAUUGUAGCAUUUUGAUUUUUCCUUCAAAGUAAUCUUGAGAAGGCAUUAUGAGUGAGAGCCAUAGCUGAAGGGGGCUGGAAUUGUCAGGUGAACUUAUUUUUUCCUUUGACAUUUUUGAUUCAGUAGACCCAAAGCUGCUUCUCUUCCAACUGUAAAAUUUGUCUUGUCAUUCACUUUACUUAUAGGAACCUUUGAAGCUGUAGUUUCAUACUGCAAUGAAUUUUACCUUUCCUUUGCAAAUAUAUUCAAAAGAUUUGCUAAUAUAGUCAUUGCACAGGAAACAAAGAAUUAGUAAAAUAAAUGAAACUGAGGGGUAUUUUUGUUUUGUUUUAUUUCUAUGUUUCCAAAGAUGUCACUCUCAUAUUGGGUAUGUGCCUGGACUAGACACUCAUAUCAGUAUAUUGCAAAAAUUUUUAUAAUUCUGAGGUGGUACCUUUCUUGAAUUAAAAAAAUAUACACAAUUCUGUUUUAGCUUCUGAUGUAUUUUCUGAGCCUCAUCCAUCUGUGUCUAAAAACGGACCAAAAAAAUAAUGUAGCUCAUUGUGCUGUAGGCUUUAUUCCCUUUCAGAUGGAGCUCCCUCAGUGCAUCUUUCCUCAUCUGUAGGCAGUGAUGGUGAAAGGCUAAAUGUGGACAUGUGAUACAUACUUACUGCACACCAUAGUGAGUUGUCAGUUUUCUCUUUUUUAAUCUUAUAUGAUCAUCUAUGUUUCCAAUUACUACUAUUUCUCUAUAUUCUUACUUUUUUCAACUUUCUUAAUAGACAUCUGUCUCUGUUUUCAUUCUAUUUUCUAAACAUCAUUGAAUCCUUUUGGUUUAUUUAUUUAUUUGUUGUUUGUUUGUUUUUAUUUAUUUAUUUAUUUAUUUAUUUAUUUAUUUUACCUCUGCUGGAUGGUUUCUCUUGAUGUAUAUGGACUACCCUUCCUACUGAUCCUAAUUCUCCUGAACUUCAUUUGAUUGGUCCCUGAAUAGUCCUAUGCUAUAUAUUUUAGAAUCAUGUGCAGUAGUUUUCCCCAUCACACCUCAAGGGAAAGAGUGAAUUUGAUCUAUUUCCUCAUGAGAAACACUCUGGUGUUAUAGAGCUUCCAGUUCCAUUAAACUUGGGAACUACUGGCAAGACUUUUACACCUUGGCUUGCAGUGAUUUCCUUAGUGGCCUGUCAUUGACUAAGAGCUCCAUCCAGAAGGGAAAGGAAGUACUGCAACAGUGAGUACAUUUUAUCUGCUUUAAAAAAAAAAAAAGUUUGUUUAGAGUAAACAUAAUGAACAGGUUGUAGUUAAGUAGUUUAGACCAUUUAAGAAUAUCAAAAGUAUAUUGCAAAAAGAAAAAAAAAAAUAAUAAAAUAAAACAAAAAAAAAUUUAAAAAAAUAGAAAAGCAUAUUACAAGGUUUUCUAAAGUGUUUUCUGAGAACAUUAGUUCUGCUUCAUGUUAAUAGGGGUUUUUUGGUUAAAUAAGUUUGGAAAAUCCUGGGCUAACAGAAUUAAGUGCACUUUUUGAUUAAAGCCAGUAGCAGGAUAAUAUGCAUUUUUAAACUACGAGAGAGUGAGUGAUACAGUGUAUAGUGUUUCACAAACUUAUUUGCUCAUGGAACUGUUUUUUUUUUAUCUUGGACAGAACCUAUUAUAAAAAUUCUACAGGAGGAACUUUGAAAAGUCUUAUCUAUAUCUUUUGUAGUUUACAAAUUUCCCAUGUGUAAAAUGGGAUGAAGAUUUACAUUUAGAAUCUUUUGAUUUACCCUUAGAAUAAAUUAAAAUUUAGAUUUUUCCAAAUCUCUUCUUAAUAAUACAAUAUGGUAUAUUUAUGUUAUAAAUAGAGACUGUAUAAAAAACAAUUUUUUCUCAAAUGUAUUCCAAAGUUCUUUGUCUUUCUGAGAAUAAAGGGCAAAAUAUA